AUGAUUGAAAAUAUCAAACUUGAGAAUUUCGCAUCGAUCCUAGAAAACAGAGAAAUUUUAGGGAAUCUCGAUAACAAGUUAAUACCAGGCAAAGAAAUUGAUAAACAACCCACCUCCGAACUUCUUAAAGAAUUAUCUAAUCGCAAACCUUGUUGUGAUAAUGAAGCGUUCAGUGCGGUUGUACACUUUAACGAAAUAAUCUUUAUCAAUAAGCACGCCAAUCAAAAUGGAAAUAUUGCAAAACUUCCAAACCAUCUUCGUUUUACAUCCAAACAUAUUAAUGCCAUGCUUCUACCAAAAGUUCUUUUCCAAGUCUUUAAGUUCACACCUUUACAAAUCGAAGAAAUUCUAUUUAGAAAUAAAUUAUUUGAUAGAUUUAGGUUUGAAUUACUCAAACUAGAAUUAAUUCUCGAUCAUCAUAAAAUGUAUGAAACGGAAAUAUUAAAAGAGCAAAAAGAAAUUACAUCAAACUUGUUUUAUGGUGUUUUUGACGAAUAUGUAUGGUCAAAAAUCUUUCCUAAGAACGCAUUUUCAAGUAAUUCAUAUGAUUUAGGAAGAUGUGUUGGGAAAUUGAACAAUUUGGAAAAAAGUAGGAAAAGAAUGGCAACAAUUGCAAAGAAAAAAGCAGCUUGGCCAAGAGUUUAUCGCUUCAUUCCUUAUAAAAUACCAAGUUACACUUGA